AUGCCGCGGGUACUUAUAAGUGAUGGGGGCUCCCAUUUCUGCAACCGCACCAUUGAAGCACUACUCAAGAAAUAUGGUGUCACGCAUAAGGUGGCAACACCUUAUCAUCCGCAAACAAGUGGGCAAGCGGAGGUUUCAAAUAGAGAAAUCAAGCAGAUUUUGGAAAAGACCGUAGGGCCAAACCGGAAAGAUUGGAGUUUGCGCUUAAAUGAUGCAUUAUGGGCGUAUCUUCAAAUUCAAAGUUUGAAGACGCAACAAGAGUUCAAAGUCAAUGGACAUCGUUUGAAGCCAUAUUUCACACCUUUUGAGGAGAAGACCGUGGAGGAAGUAGCCCUCCAAGCCAUGGGCACUAUUCAAGCUUGA